CAUUUUCCACAUUCGUACGUCACGAUGAAAACGUUUGUCGGGUCGACGGCGCUGGCCUUGUCUGUGUUGCAGGCAGGCACUUCCGCGACCACCAUCUGCAAUGCCAUCCCGCCCCACUCGUGGACUCAAGCGGCGGCAUCCAACCCCAAGCUUCACGGUGCCAUCAACGAACUAAGCAAAUACGCGGUCGCGACAUGGUACACGGAUCGAUGGGGCGACUCGGUCAGCGACCUCCUUCAAAAGUGCACGGGCUCCCAAGUGCCUUCGAUUGUCAUCUACGGCCUCCCAAACAAGGACUGCGCCGACGGGUUCUCGAGCGGCGGCACCAACAAAGACGCUGCCAUGUACAAGGCGUGGGUGCAAAAUUUGGUGGCCCGCGUCGGUUCCCGUGAAGUUGUGUACGUGCUGGAACCGGACGCCAUCGGACUCCUCUCCAACAACAACUGCGCCAAGCAAUUCAACUACCUCGACAACCUCAAACUCGCCCUCGGACUCAUCUCGGCCGGCAACCCCAACGCCAAGGUGUACAUGGACGUGGCGUCGUGGUCGAAGCGCGACGAAGCCGCUAAAAUCUUGAGCGACCUCAAGUCUGCGGGUCGACUUCACGGGAUCGCGAUCAACACGUCCAACUACAAGACCAACGCCCAGCUCAUUUCGACGUGCGAGUUCUACUCGGCGGCCACGGGCGGCCUUCAUUGCGCGUUUGACACAUCUCGCAACUACCGUGGAUCGAUCGGCGACGAAUGGUGCAACUCAGCUUCGGCCGGGAUCGGCGCCCCCCCGGGCUCGGACACUGGCCAUUCCCUCGUCGACUUCAACUUGUGGCUCAAGGUACCUGGCGAGAGCGACGGCGUGUGCAAUGGGCGCACGCCCGAUGCCCAAGUUGGCCCCAAUGCUGGCGAGUUCUUUCCCCAAGGAUUCACCUCGCUCUGGGACAACGGCUACUUUGUCGACAAAAAGGGGUUUCCAAAGAUCGGUGGCGACUCGUGGCCUGCCCCGAGCCCGUCGACACCAAGCCCUCCGCCUCAGCCAACUGACGCCCCUGCGACGCAAGCUCCGUCCGUUCCAAGCCCUCCGCCAACGGACGCCCCUGCAACGCAAGCUCCUGCUCCGACCACCAGUGACGCCACGACGACGUCCCCGACAACCACGUCGACCACGGACGAAACCAAUUCCGUCGAGCCCACGACAGCAUCCACUCCGGAAGUCACCGCUUCCGGCGAUUCGAACGCGAUUACCUCGAACGAUGGCGUGCCGCGGACGACUCCAGCCACCGAGUCAGGCAACGGCUCUGUCGGCAUCUCUGCGCAAGCGUCGCCGGAAGAAGAAACCAUGACCCCGUCCUUGAUCAUCUUGAUUGCGGCGGUCGCGAUCACAGGCGUCGUCGCGACCGUGCUCGCUGUCGCGUACAUCCGAAAACGCAACAUUCGCGAAAAACGCAACGAUUUUGUCCAACGCGACUCGACCGGGAUUGUCGUGCUGGGGCACACCACUCCCAUGAACGGCCUCGACACCCAGCGCGCGCUCAGUGUGCUCUAGGUGGCUGCCCGAGGAGAACUGCCUUGUUUAGAAGUUGUAGAUUCCUUCGUACGUCGACGCCUGCAUGCUCGUUUUCACCGCCCUCCCUGGCAGCUACACUUGUGUACUCGAAGAGCGUGGUGAAGUCCAAUAUCAAUGUAUUUAAUGAAUUCCGCGGUGCAUUGCCCAGUCUACCACAACAUGGCCAUCCGCUUCAUGUUUUUGGUGCUUUGCCAGCCAUGUGCGCCGACCAUCGUGCACCCCCACGGUCGCAUGGCU